GUUCAUGGGAUCACGGUGGUCUCCGCUGGUGCAGGCACAGUUUUCUCCAGUACAGUGGAUGGCAGUAGAGGCCUGUGAUCGAGACUCGUCCAGGGCGUGUCCUGUCCCACCACCACCACCACCACCACCGGAUUCACUGAUGGCUGCCGUUAGGAAACAACAACAAGCAGUGGAGUGAACGGAUUCACACCAGCUGCAGAGUCCAUCUCAUGUUUCUGAUCCUUUCAACCCACCCCGUCCCGUCUCACCCGCGGUCAACCCACCACGAUGCCUUCCGUGCAGUGCUUGUUGCUGACGUACGACGCGCUGAACGAGAGCGGGACUUUCUCUGAGGGGGACACGGUGAAUGGCAAAUUGACUCUGGUGUUGCUGAAGGACAUUUCAGCCCAGAGCCUCUAUGUGAAACUGAAGGGGGACGCCGAGGUCCGCUGGUCCAAGAAGACCGGCGACAAAACACGGACAUACAGCUCAUCCAAGAGAUACUUCAAACUCAAGCAGUUCCUGAUCGCAGCCCAGGACUCCAAAGAAACGGAUGUUCCCAAAGGGACCCAUGUCUAUAAAUUUAGCUUUAAAAUACCAGAACAAAGUAUGCCUUCAUCCUUCAGAGGAAGUCAUGGAAAGAUCAUUUACAAGCUGGAAGCUGCACUGUCCAGAAGUUGGAGGAUGGACAGUACAACAAAAAAGGAGAUAAAUUUUGUCUCCAAAGCCUUUCCAAACAUUCACUCUCUGAUGGCACCUCAAGUUGGUUCAGUGCACAAAGAGAUGGGGCUGUUCUCAUCAGGACAAGUACACAUGGACGUCGGUGUUGACAAAACAGCUUACGCUCCAGGUGAAACAGCGAUGAUUGUCGCACAGAUCAACAAUUCCUCAUCCUCUGACAUGAAUCCCAAAUUCAGUUUUAUCCAGAAUGUGGUGUACCGUGCCAGCGGUAGUACCAAACUUGAAAACCUUGUUAUCCACAAAGUGGUUGGCAAAUGCGUUAAAGCCCAAACAAGGCAGGAGGUCCAGUGUGCAAUAAAGAUUCCUCCUGGUCAGAUGCAGACAAUCCAGAACUGUGAGAUAAUCACAGUGGAAUACUUUUUCAAGGUCUAUCUGGAUAUCAGCUUUGCUUUCGAUCCUGAGGUCUUGAUUCCAGUGACCAUUCUUCCUCUUGACUUCACUCCUGGUCUUCAGCCUGGUGUAACUGCGAGUCCCUAUCUAGCUGGAGCAACUGGUGGCCCAAGUAACAGUGACUUCCCUCCCCCAGCAGCGUCUUUUGGUCCAUAUCCUGCUUCCCCAAACUCAGGUGGUUAUGGAUACCCAGAAGCUGAAGGGUAUUCGGUGCCAAAACCUGCAUACUCCGAUAACCCACCAAUGUACGCUUUCCCAUCAAAUGCGUACCCUGCUCAGCCACCACACCUGAGUGGGGGCUACAAUAACCCAGUGCCUCAGCCACAAGCCCCUUAUGGAUCUCCCUUUUCGUCCUCAUCAUCGACGCCUGUGCUUCACCCUCCGCCUUCAGCCCCAACAUUUCAUCCACCCCCAUCUGCACCAGCAAUCAAUCCAUCCCCUUCUUCAUCUUUUAACAUGUCCCCAUCAGCUCCCACACACAACUCUCUGUCUUCUGCACCGAUGAUGAAUGUAGACUUCCUGUCUCAAUCGGAUGAACCUCCGCCAGCAUAUUCCCUCCUGUUCCCGUCUUCUGCUCCUGGAAAUUCUGAUGCAAAAUAAUCAAAGGAAUCCCUAACAUCUGCAUCAGUUGAUGAAGUAUUAAGUGAAAUGCCAAUAGUUAACCAUGUGAAAUCAGAUCACCUAUAACUCCUACCUUUGUUAUUAGCGUUGCACUUUGUUAGUGUUGUCGAAGAUGAAAGCAUUUCAAAUGAAAAGUGUACUUUGUGCAUUAUUUCUUGUUCGCAUGUAAACAAAAAUAGUUAAUAAUGAUUGUUUCGUUUGUCUGGUCAGUUAUCAGGUUGCUAAUUGGCUUUGUCCAGCUACUAAUACUACUGUUGCUCAAACCUCAGUCAUCAGGGUACACAGUGUUUUAAAUGUGCCUUGUUCAACUCAAGUGUCCUAGAACUGAUCAUUAUUCUUCUCAGCCUUAUACUUUUCUCUACUUUACUAUUCUGCAUCGAGGCAACUUGAAAUACACUAUUCACAAUGUUUUUAUGUGUCAAAACAAACAAAUCUAUAUUUUUAAGUUAUCAGUCUGUUGGGUUUUUUUUACGAGACAGCAACCUUUGUCUGCAAACCUGAUUUGUUGUUAUACUAACAAAGUGUUUUCUCUUAUAUGAAUAAACACCUGUUAUGGAAACAUUUCA